GCACUUACAAAUUCUAAAUAUGUCCCAUUGCGGCUUCCGUAUACUGCUGCGAGCUAGGCUAACUCUAAGCAACUGAAAGCUAGGUUCCUGCUAUGGUUAGUCAAAGAAGUAACAAAAAAGGAUACCAUUUGAAAUUCCUCUUCUGAGAAGCCAGGUUGGAGAACAUGGUCUUGAAUCUCUGUCUGCCACACUUCCAUACGUCAGCUCAUUGCAACAAGCUGUGUGCAGAUGGAUAUGAUGUCACAAAUCUUGUAUCAGCUGACCCUGCCAUACGGAGGCGAGGCUUCAAGCUCGAGUUCCUCCGUCCACCUGUACAAGUGACAUUGAAUUUUGGCUUCCAGGUGGAGCUUUGCAGGGUGGAUGUGGAGCUUUGGCCCUGGGGUAUGGACCGGGGACAGGCCAGCAAGAAACUGGAGAUCAGCACCAGCUCUGAUCAGCUACCAUCCAAUAAUCUUAGCCAAGGCCACAGACAAGGUCAGCAAAAGGAACAAAAGCAGGUCAAGGACCAGAAAAAACGACAUGUAGAUAAACAGCAAGGGCAUGAAAGUGCAUCCCGGAAGAAUUGUGGCCAUCAGUGGAGUCUUCAGGCCAAACAGUGGGGUGAAAAAACUCUGGAUGAGCCUCAACAGAGAGGCCAUACGUCCCAGUUUCAGAUAAAAACUGAAACAAGUUACCCUGAACCGGAGUUUAAACUGGUAGGUCGUUGCGAGGUAAAGGAAGAAACACACAUCUGUUUCACACGUUCAAAUGUUCGUCCACGGCCCCCAUUCCUCUCCUCGCCUCCCCCACAACCUUCAAAUUGUCGCCAAGAGGAGCUGUGGAGUCGAGGUCUGCUCUCGCUGGGUGCUGUGACACACUUCGUGUCACUGUGCCAUAUGGCGGUUGCAGCGUCUGCUCUGGGACUCAAGGCUUUGACUGUGUGGGGACAACCUGCUCGAUGCUGCCUUGCAGAAGAAGUAGAGAGGAAAAGAGUCCACGAGGCCAAUGAGAGACAGUUUCAACGUCCUGUGUUGUUUACCCCUCCUGUCAGCCACAAACCACCACCCCUAGCAGACACACCUCCUAGCAAUCUUUCCAUCCCAGAGGAAUUCCUUGAUCCCAUAACCCAGGAGAUAAUGAUGCUGCCCAUGCUGCUACCCAGUGGUGGUCUGUGGACAACAGCACAUUGGAGGGAGCACCAGAAGAGAGAAGCAACAUGGGGUAGAGCCCCAAACGACCCCUUUACUGGCGUCCCAUUUACCUCAACCUCCCAGCCUCUUCCAAAUCCGCUACUGAAGAGCCGCAUUGACCUCCUUCUCUUGCAGAAAGGGAAGGUGUUUAGAGACAGGAUGCUGGGACGACAAGGGAAAGGAGAUGUCCCUCAGGCCUCCAGACUUCUAGCCUCUACGAUGGAUGGACAAUCUCAGGUCUCUCCGUGUUGUGAUAAAUCAUUGAACAGUACUGGUGUUAACUCGAGUGCAGGCAGCAGAAACUCAAAUGGAAGCAAAACAGGGGAAGAGACUGGAUCAGGACAUUAUCAGAAAAUUGGAAUGCCAUGUUUGAGCACGGGAAGUAAUUCAGAGUUUGAAAGAAGAAGGAAACGAGAUCUAAUUACUGAAGAAUCCAGUGAAGAGCUGACCGCUGAGAAGCAAUUAUUACCUCAAACAAAAAGACCAAGAAAUGGUGCAGUUUCAAUCUCCAGCUGCAGCUCUCAUGAGCAGCGACUGUCAGCCAGCCUGGAUGAGGCCCUCUUCUCCGCCCUGCAGGGACGUCCCUCCUUCAACAACCUGUCCCAGCCAAAACAGGUUGCAUCUGACUUUGAGACACAGAGAACCUCACUGCACAGCCAGACUGCAGGCACUACCAGCAUGCAACAAGGCGACAAGACUUGCUCCUCAUGUUCCUGUUCUGUCUCUGUUUACUCUAAAUCCACAUCAUCCAUCUACCGUCUAACCUGCGGUCACUUGCUCUGCGGGACCUGCGUACGGAGGGAAUCACAGCCACUUAACUCUGUUACUGGAUCGACAUCCAAUCACAUCACAUGCCCCUCCUGCCGAAACCCUACCCCACGCAGUGACAUAAUGCGCGUUCAUCACUGACCUGCUGCUAAAAGGACACAUCUACACCUCUGAAGCCUGUUACGAAAUGAGAGGGAUUGUUUUCAAGGUGAGGACAGUAUUGUACUCAAGGUUUCUGAGUAUUCUGACGGUGUCGAGACUCGAAAUGUGGAUAAUAAACAUUCAGACUAAAAGUUACAGAUCAGAGGAUUUGUAAACAUAGAUUCAAAUAUACAGAUAUUUAAAGCCUAGCAGUGAAUUAUUUUUGUUGGAGCCUUGAUGCUACAAAAGCAGGAUUCAGAAAGGUCUCAGCGGUUACUGCCCACACAUGAAGAAAGAACAUCAUUGAAAGCAAAGACCUUUCUAAAAAAAAAAAUGAAAAAAAAAAUAUAUAUAAAAUAAAGGUCUCUUCCCUUCCAUUACCUCUCCCUGUCUUAUUAUUUUCACUGAGCAGUGAAGUGUAGCUUCAGCCUUGGUUCUCCAGCCUUUGUGCAGACUGUGGAUUGGGUAGAUGAUGCACAAGGAAAGGUUUGGGGGACAGGAGUAUGGAACGCAGGAGGCCAGAGGCAUUUCAACGGAAAUCGAGCCGACUCAAGGUUGUUCGGUCAUUGUGCAGAGACCGACUGGGUCACGCUCAAACCUUCUGCUUUUUUCCCUCUUCACCACAUUCACCACUUUACAUUUAAUACGUUCUUGGUAGGCUGUGUCGUAAGAACAGGACUUCAUUUCAUGCAGAAUAUAAUCCAAGGAAGAAUACUUGAAAUGGAUGAUGUACCACUUUUGUAAUUUGUUUUCAUGUACAUGUUAAAAGCACAUGUUGGCAUGAAUUCUUGCAGCUGUAACUUGUUAUUAAAAGCUGAUGUUUUUAUACCUUAAA